AUGGCUUUCAAGAUACGAUCGAAUUUGAAGAAACAAAACGUCUUACCAAAGACGACCAAGCCUAAAAACGUUACUUUUGACCCUCCCGCCGCAGAGAAGGUCCCAAUAAGCGAUAUGUACGCUUUCUCUCGUGAACAAGCUCGCAACAAGAAUAAGGCGCCAAAUGACACCACACCGUCCGAUUGGGUCACUCCAAAGAAGGUGGCGAGUGUCGGCCGCAUGGCCGGAGGCAAGCAGACCUCUUCCAAGGCUCCUGCUGCUUCCAAAGGUCCAAAGAACCAGUUCGAGUGCUUAUCACCUUCAGAGAACACAAAGAGAAAGAGGAGUUCCCACCGCAAGAACAAACCACUUUUAACCGCCAAUGCUCAUCCUGAUGCCAAGGCGGCUGCCCAGCAUGCUUACGGCGCCCACAGCAACAAAAAAGAAGCACCUGCUGUUGCUCCUUUCAAGGCAAAGCUUCACAUUAUCUGCCCUAAGCAUGCAAAAGAAGCCCAGGAGGCCCAGAAGGUUCCCAAACAGGCGCCAAAAUACUCAGAAGUAGCCGCCGGCAAAGCUACCACUAAGCAGCCUUCCUCCAAGGCUCCAAUUAAGGUUUACCUCCAAGUCGGUGUCAAAACCAAGGAUUCUCCGAACCCUAUAGUUAACACCAAGGUAGACCAGAAGGCAGGUAAAAUGUCUCGUUCGCACGACAUUUUGGCUGCGAAAGCUCCACAGCAGCCAUAUAAUGCCGCUAAGCAUAAUGUAAAGAACCUUCCGUGCGCCUCAGAAAAAAGGCUGGUUCCUAAACCCAGCGUGAAGAAGAAUUUGGUGAAGGAUGUUUUUGAAGGAGAGAAGAAGCCACAGGUGAAGGUUCACGACAUUAGCGACAUUAAACCUCUUGAUAAGAGCAGCUGGCCUGCACUUGAGAGGAAGGCUCCAGUUAAGGUUCCUCAGGUCCAGGUAGCUCCCAAGGUUGUCCUGGCUCCUAAGAUUAGUCAGGUGUCGAAGAAUCCUAAAGCAGGGAAGAAUGUGAAGAUUAAGGAUUCUCAGAAAGCCAGGGCUCCUAAGGUUGCUGAUGCUCCUAAGGUUACUCAGACAGUCAAGCCUUCUCAGACAGUCAAGCCUUCCCAGGCCCCCAAGGCCCCUAAGGCCCCUAUGGCCCCUAAGGCUACCAAGACUACUAAUGUCCCUCAAGACGUCCAGUCUGCCAAGACUACUCAGCCAGUGAAGGCUCCACAGGUUUCACAGGCUCCUGUUGCUGGGACUACUUGGGCUUCCAAGAUUGCUCAGAAGAUCAAGGCAUGCAAGGCAAGUAAGACUCCCAAGGAUGUCAAAACCACGAAGGAUGUCAAGGCUGUUAAGACUCAACCACCAAAGACAGUGAAGGCGCCCCAGGCAAUUAAGGUUACAGAAGUUCUUCCUGUUAAACCAGUCAAGGCUCCAAGGCCAACGAAGACUUCCCAGAUAUUGGAGGUUCCUAAGGUUCCUAACUCUACUAGGGUUCCCAUCAUCACUGCCCUUCUGAAACAGCCUUACUACUGGUCUACCAAGGACGGGUUUGUUCCUUUGACUGACUUUAACGUUGAACACUUGUUGUACAGCAGGUACAUCACCGAAGAGCAAGGUCCUUCAGGCCUCGGCUGCUCUAAGCACAUGGAAAGACCUAAGCAGAAGUCGAAGUCGUCAAAGUCGUCAAAGCAAAAGCUGGUAAAGCCUAAGAAAGCUCCUGUCAUGUCUAAGAAGUUUGGAAAAGCUCGUAUUUCUUCCUCGCCAGAUGAUGCUGGCAGUUCUUUUGAAGAAGUCGAGCGUUCCCGGCUUGUCAUAGCAGGAUCUUCCAAGGCUUCCCAGAGUCAGCUCAAGAAAGAGAAAAGGAAAACCAAUUCCACUAAAGAAGAGUCUCCAAAACCUUCCAAGGUCCCAGAGUCUCCAAAGUUGGUCUCGAUUGCCACUCUUGGUUCUCCUUUCACCUCGCCAGAGCCCAAGCCUGUUUCCGUUUCACCACAUCAACUGUCGUCACCUUCACCUUCUCCAAAGACACCGGUUGCGUCGCUGCUGCCAUUGUCGUUGCCUCCCGCCUGCCUGGCUUUCGACUACUUUACUGACGGUUUGAACGAUCUCGUUGCAAACCCAUGGACUUCUGUUGUUUCAGCUCCACGCCCUUCGCCACCUGUCUUUGCUGACACUGCAGUAGAAACACCUUACUCGUCUGUCGAGUGCUCUCUGCCCAAGUCAGCUGGUGUUGAAGUUGUUGAUGUUCCUGAGGAAAAGACGUUCAGUCUUCAAGUCCCAAGAUGUGAAUCGCUGUGUGCUUCUGAUGUUGCCUCUCUUCUUGCGUUGCCCAUUGAGGUAGUUAAGGAGGCUACUGAGACACUUUUCAAUGUUCCAUCAGAGGCAGAGACUAACGUUGACGUUGACGCUGAUGCUUCUUUUAUUCCCGACUUACUGCCUCCUUCUGCCCUGGUUAGUGAAGCCGUGGAACCCGAGAAGCUGUCGAAGCCUUGUACUGUUGCUGAAGCAGUACACUUGGAGCCAUCUGUUGUUCUUACUCCUCCUAAGAAGUCUAAAUCUUCUUCUAAGUCUGUUCAUGUGAAGGCCGCUGGUGCCAUUCAGACUUCGAAGGUUGAAACUUCCCAGGUUCCUACUCCAGAGACAACUCCUUCCAAGGAUAAGAAAGAAGCUUCUUCAUCGGUGACUCUUCCCUCGCCAGAGCUCUCUCCUUCCAGUCCGUCAACUUCUCAGUCUUCUACCAAGAAGAAGUCACAUUCCGUUACCGAGCCAGUUACUCCUAAACCAGCUCCAGUGCCUUCUUCUCUUCCUUCUCCUGCUGCUUCCCCAGAAAAGAAGCUUUCGGCUGUUGAGGCCUUGAAGCAGAAGCUCAAUGAGAAGGCUAAUGACAAUUCUGUCCGCAAGGCUCAUAUUUAUACCAACUCGAAGCAAGUCCUGAUCAAGAGCAAGAUCAGCAGCUUAGAUGGCUUCUUUGAGGAUGGUGGUUUGAAAAAGCCCGAGGUAAAGGAAUCGUUAUUGGCGAAGAAGACUGAUAAGGUAAGCAACGUUGGAAAGGUUACUAAGAAGGCAGAAACUACGGAAAAGGUUAACAAGACAGAGACAUCAUCUAAAAAGACAGAAACGGCGCCUACUGUACUGAAACUGUCACUGGAACCAGCAAAGGCUCCCUCUACUCCAGAGUCUUCGGUACCUCCAUUGUCUCCUGUCGUUGAUUUCACUCCUGUUGAUGCCACUCCUGUUGAUGCUGCUGACAAGCCUGUGCCUACUUCCGAACCUGAACCUACUUCCGAACCUGAGCAGCCUUCUGCCCAGAGAAGAGAUGCUGAGGCUGCUGCUCGUGCUAAGGCUGAGAAGAAACAGCAGUUAGCCAAGAGGCUUGCCGCCUUGAAACAGAAGAUGGACUCUGACACAGCCAAGCCGUUGCCUAAGAAGGAGGUGGAACCAGUUAAGGAGAUCCCUCCUGCUCCUCCAUUGCCAAAUGACCUUUUCGAUUCUUGUUCAGAGCCUUGUGACUCUGAAUCGUCUUCUGGUAAAUCUGUUUCGCUUUCCCGUGAGUCUAGUGUCUUGUCGACUUCUCUGGAUAACGGUCUGAGUCUGGAGGCUUCUCCUUCACCCUCUCCUGAACCAGAAGUCCAACGAACCGUUUCCACUGAGCCUUCUUCACUUGAUCCUUCUCCUGAGCCUGAAUCUUCUCCUAAAGUGUCUAAUCCAGUUGUUUCUAUUCCAAAAGAAAAGACUCCAGAAGAGGAGACUACUGUUCUUUCUAAGGAUGAGAAGAAGGCUCAAUUAAAGCAAAGACUCGCCGCUUUGAAGGCCAAGAUGGAAGCUGAAGCUCCAAAGAAACCAACCAAAGCAGAAACCUCUUCUUUGUUGUCUGAUACUGUUAAGACCCCUGUUAUUCCUCCUGCUCCUGCCUUCCCUGAAGGUCUUUUUGAUUCGGAUAAAGGUGAGUCUGACACAGUCCCAGAGGUUCCUGUCCAAGUUAUUGAACUUGUUUCUGAUGUUCCCGUUGAAGCUGUCACUCCUGUUGAAGCUGCUGUUGUUUCCACUCCUACUACCGAAACUCCAGUUGCUUCUGAAGCUUCGAAGGAAGAGAAGAAGGCUGCUUUAAAGAAAAGACUUGCUGCCUUGAAACAAAGAAUGGCAGCUGAGGCUCCUCAAAAGCCUGUAAAGAAGGAAGCUCAUACUCCAGCUGAACCUGCUGCUCCUAAGGUUCCUGAAGCUCCUCCUUUACCUGCCAACCUUUUCGAAACAGUUCUUCCACCUCCCGUUGGUCUUCCUGCUACUUCUGAACCUCCUGUUGUUCCAAAAUCUACAGCCAAUGAACCUUCUUCUCCUGUUCCAAUUGUCCAGCCUCUGUCUGAUGUUUCUACUUCCCAGACUGAGGGCCUUUCUAAAGAAGAGAAGAAGGCACAGUUAAAGAAGAGACUUGCCGCCUUGAAGAAUAAAAUGGCCAAUGAGGCCCCAUCAAAGGGUACUACUAAAAGCAAAGAUGAACCAAAGAAACGCAAGGAGAGCAUUCCGGAAGCUCCUCCUUUGCCCAAAGAACUUAUGGAUGUGAACCCACCGGUGUCUCUGGAGACUGUUAGUCCCCCUCCUCCUCCAGCUUCAUCGAUUCCUCCACCUCCACCACCUCCACCUCCAUCUUUGCUUCCUGUUGGUCCUCCACCACCUCCUGCCCUUCCAGCAAGUAUUCUUCCAGCUGCGUCUGAGACUCCAGAUGAGCCCGAAGAUCCAACGGCUCCUUCUGAAGCUUACCUUGAAUUGGAAGCUAAGCUUUCUGCCAAAAAGAAGAAGAGCGUCGAUUUAUCUACCAUCAGCGACCACAUUCCUGACUACUCGAAGAAGACGAACUUUUCUUCAAAGAUGCUGAAGAUGGCUUCCAAACUCGAGGCCUUCCUUCUCGCUGAUGGUAGGUUAUCUGUGGAUGGUCCUGUUACACCUAUGAAUCUUCCCAAGCCAAAGAAAGCGUCUCUUCUUUCCAAGGACGAGGUGCCUAAGAAGAAACAUAACGGCAAGAACGCUGCCAUCUUGAACAAACUCGAGGGUCUUUUCAAAGACCGCCUUGACGAGAAUAAUGGUGUUGCGGAACCCAAAACCCCCAAAGUGUCCAAGUUCCAUAUCGACAUGGACCUGACUGAAGUGUUCAUUCCUCCUUCCCAUCCUAACUUUCCAAAACCAGCUGCUGGCCUGGGCACGGCCCCUCCACCUCCACCACCCCCUCCACCUGGUUUCUUGACUAAUGGGAAUGGCAAUGGUAAUGUUCCACCUCCACCACCACCACCUCCUCCAGCCUUCUUGAUGGCCAGUGGUGCACCUCCACCGCCACCACCGCCACCACCAGCUUUCCUUACCAAUUCAGCAGCACCACCUCCUCCUCCACCCCCGCCAGGGUUCCUUAUGGACGCUGCUGGACCACCACCUCCUCCACUGAAUGUUCCCUUGAAGAAGAAGAACCUUCCCAGUGUUAAGUGUGUCCAUGGAUCUUUCGAAGAUAAGAGAAAGGCAUUUGGUGCUUUCUUCUCUGCUCAUCCUAUGAAGAAGACGGCUCCACCUCCACGGAUUGAGGCUCCCAAGAGGAAGGUGUUUACUCAGGAUGAACUUGACAAGAUGACGCCGUUUGAGAGGACCAGGGUUACGAUUGAAGGCCAUUUACAAGAUCUUGUUCGUGAGGGCAAGGCAAACAAGAACAACACUCCAAAGGACAACAACUUGAACAAGCACGCUGGACGUGGUGCUGUUCCUUUCAUGUGUACUAUUGUUUAG